UUUUUAUACAUAAACAAUGGGUAUUUGCAUAUCAAACGAAGAAAGAACUGAAAAGUUACACAGUUACAGUAUUGAUCGCACAAUAGAAGAAGAAAGUCGAAAGAUGAAAAAUGAGUGUAAAAUAUUAUUACUAGGUAGCGGAGAAAGUGGGAAAUCCACGAUCUUUAAACAAAUGAAAAUUCUUCACCAAAAUGGAUUCAGCACAGACGAACUAUUAAACUGGAGAGUGACGGUCUAUCGAAACUUGAUUCAUUCAGCUCAGGCAGUUGUGAAUGCUUUAAACGAAUUCGAAUAUCAACUUUCGGAUGAAAAGGUCCAAUACGAAGCACAAAGAAUCACGGAAUAUCGCCUACAGGAAAUUAUUGACCCGUUAGUGAUUGACGCUGUCAUUUCUGUUUGGCAUGACCCUGCAGUCACCAAGUUGUUAGACGAAAAGGCUGCCGAGUUUUACCUCAUGGACUCUGCACCAUACUUUUUCGAAGAGAUCAAACGAAUUGGCAAAGCAGAUUAUAUCCCAACAAAGCAAGAUGUGCUGCGUGCACGGUCAAAGACAACCGGUAUUGUCGAGACACGGUUCUUGAUGAACGAAGUGAACGUACACAUGUUCGAUGUAGGAGGACAGCGAUCAGAACGAAAGAAAUGGAUUCAUUGCUUUGAAGCAGUACGAUCCAUCAUCUUUUGUGUGUCAUUAUCCGAAUACGACCAAGUUUUACUGGAAGAAUCACGACAGAACCGAAUGAUGGAGAGCCUGGUUCUGUUUGAAUCAGUGAUUAAUAGUCGUUGGUUUAGCAGAACCAUCAUGAUAUUGUUUCUAAACAAGAUUGAUCUGUUUCGAAAAAAGAUAAAAAAGAUACCGCUGGAGAAAUUCUUUCCGGACUAUACUGGAGGCUCUGAUAUCAACAAAUCCUUAAAGUAUAUUCUUUGGCGUUUCAAUCAAACAAACAGGGCAAACCUCAAGAUAUUUGCACAUGUGACACAAGCAACAAACACAUCCGAUAUGCAACUGGUAUUCAACACAGUUGAACGCACGAUUCUUAACAUGAGUUUACAAGAUUCUGGUAUCAUGUAAACCCACUAAUAAUUUUCUCUCUUUCACUUGUAUUUUUUUUUUUUUUUUGAGUUUGACAUUCAAUCCUCAAAUGAACCCCCCACCUAUCCCCU